AUGGUCGACGUCGUCACUGAUGGCGGCUUCGAGACCGUCCCCAGCGGCGACACACUCAUGACCGACGUCACGAGCGGUGCCUGGACCGUCACCGGAUCAGCGUACUUUGAUUUCAACGGUAGUCCCACUGGGUAUCAAACGCCCGACGGCCAGAAGUUCGUUGUGUUUCAGGGUACGAACGCGGCGCUGCCUGCCCUCUCGCAAGACCUCACGGGCCUGAUCGCCGGCGAACCCUACUCCCUCGGCUUCGACUACAGUUUCCCUUUCUCCUCGACCGAUGUAACCGGUCGAUCGGGCCCCUGCUACUUGUCCGUCACGCUGAGUGGAGAGGGCGAAUCGCAGCUGAUCGGAUACCUCGGAUCCGCGCAACCGGCCUGGGGCCAGUUCCGGAAUCUCGGCUUCAUCGCGCCGUGUUCGGACUCGGAGCUGGUGUUUAGCUGGGAUUGUUCGGCGCUGCAGGACGGGGAGAGGGUCGAUUUGGCGGUUGAUAACAUCAGUCUGGAGGGGUCGAAGUGUGGGCCGGCCCAGCCGACCAUCACGGUGCCUUGA